AAAACAAGUGACUGUUUCGUGAGUCCUCAAAUGAAACCAUCAAACACUACCAACACUAGAGAAUCUGAGUCUUAGCAACAACUACUGAACUACUCCCAAACUCUUUAUAAAUAUCAAAGCCAUUCUCACAGAAACUUUCAUCCAAAACCUUCAUAACCUCCUCAGUUUUCUCUCUACUAACUUCAUUCAUUAUAGUAUAUUUUUCAUUUCCUCUCUUAAAAUGGCAAAAAAUGUGGCUCAAUCACCUCUUGAGAGGAAUAACCUGGCUUCCCUUGACAACAAGUUGGCCAUGGCCAAGCGCUGUUCUCAUGAGGGUGUAAUAGCAGGAGCUAAGGCAGCAGUUGUUGCUACUAUUGCCACUGCCAUUCCAACUAUGGCUAGUGUGAGGAUGCUGCCUUGGGCAAGGGCUAAUCUCAAUCACACUGCACAAGCGCUCAUAAUCAGCACAGUGGCAGGAGCGGCAUAUUUCAUUGUGGCUGACAAGACCGUUUUGGCAACUGCAAGGAGGAACUCCUUUGAGCAAAUCUCCAACAAUGAAGCAUAAUAUGGAAUCACUAGCAUGGCUUUAGUUAUAUAUGUUAUUGGGCUUUAAAACCAAUUAUUAUGUAAACAUACCAUCUGAUCUUGAUAGAUAUAUAAAUAAAGAUGGGUUUACGUUUCCAUUCUAAGAGCACAAGAGCAGUAUGUUCAAAGAUCAGCUUACAUGAAUGCAAAUUAUCUUCCGUAGUAAAUCAAA